CUUUGCGUGCUUGUAAGAUCUCAAAACUUAUUCAAACUUGAACUUAUAUUGCACUGCAUCAAGUAUCAUAUGGCCGAAACUACUGAUCUGCAUUCGCAUCAAAGCAAAUGGAGAAUCCCAGUUUUUGUUUUCUUCAAAGAUGUGAGCUUUGUGUUCAAGAUGGAUUCACUUGGUUUGGAGAUUAUUCGGAUUGCACUUCCUGCAGCUCUAGCUUUAGCCGCUGAUCCCAUCGCUUCGCUGAUUGACACAGCAUUUAUUGGUCGUUUAGGGCCGGUGGAGCUUGCAGCUGUGGGAGUUUCAAUCGCCAUUUUCAAUCAAGCUUCAAGGAUUACCAUAUUUCCACUAGUUAGUAUCACAACUUCUUUUGUCGCAGAAGAGGAAACCAUUGAAAGAAUCACCAAUGGUGAAGAGCCAAAAGCUGAGAACUCGCAGAAGUGUUCCGCUAAAGAUAGUGAAAUGAAGGAGUUGAAGCCAGAAGAAUCCGUGCUUGAGAACUUGGAAAAAGGAGUCUCAACAAACACUACUACUGAAACAAAAGGUGAAUCUUCAUCAGAUAAGAAUUCUUCUGCAACUACGUGCAAGUCUCCCUCUCUAAAGGAUAGCGAAAAGUUGAAUAAGGGAAAGCGACAUAUCCCUUCAGCAUCAACAGCACUAAUUAUAGGCGGCUUUCUUGGUCUUGUUCAGGCUAUUUUUCUUGUAUUGGGAGUCAAACCUCUCUUGCAUAUUAUGGGCGUGAAGUCAGAUUCUCCCAUGAUGUCCCCAGCUCAAAAGUACUUGACUUUAAGAUCACUGGGUGCUCCUGCAGUGCUUCUUUCUCUGGCAAUGCAAGGGGUUUUUCGAGGAUUGAAGGAUACAAAAACUCCCUUAUAUGCUACAGUUGCAGGAGAUUUAACAAAUAUCGUUUUGGACCCAAUAUUUAUCUUCGUGUGCCAUCUAGGUGUUAGUGGAGCCGCAAUUGCACAUGUUCUUUCACAGUACUUGAUUUCAUUCAUCCUCCUGGUGAAGUUGAUGAAACAAGUUCAUCUCUUGCCUCCAAGUGUUAACGAUUUACAAUUUAGUCGGUUUCUUAAAAAUGGUUUUUAUUUGUUAGCCAGAGUUAUAGCUGCGACAAUAUGUGUCACACUGGCAGCUUCAAUGGCUGCACGCCUUGGUUCGACACCUAUGGCUGCAUUCCAAAUUUGCUUACAGGUCUGGCUCACAUCAUCACUUCUGGCUGAUGGAUUGGCUGUUGCGGGACAGGCCAUUCUAGCUUGUUCAUUUGCUGAGAAGGACUAUCAGAAGGCAACUGCUGCAGCAAAUAGAGUACUGCAGAUGGGUUUUGUUCUUGGAAUGGGGCUUGCUGUCUUUGUAGGACUUGGUCUCUACUUUGGCUCUGGAAUCUUUUCAAAAGAUGUUCAUGUUAUCCACCUUAUAAACAUCGGCAUACCGUUUGUUGCAGCAACUCAACCCAUCAAUUCUCUAGCUUUUGUCUUUGAUGGUGUGAAUUUUGGAGCUUCUGAUUUUGCAUAUUCGGCAUACUCCAUGGUUUUAGUAGCCAUUGCAAGCAUAGCAAGCUUAUUUGUUCUCUCAAAAAGCAAUGGUUUUGUUGGAAUCUGGAUUGCUUUAACAAUUUACAUGGGUCUCCGCACAUUUGCUGGUGUAUGGAGGAUGGGAACUGGAACUGGACCUUGGGGAUUUCUCAAAGGCCGAUUGUUGCCAUAAGCUACAUAUAGCUUCAGGAUUCAGGACUUAAAUUUACUUAACCAUAUGUGGUCUAGUGUUUGUCAAUUACAUAAUUAUUUUUAUUAGUUUUUUUUUAUUUUCUUUUUUUUUAAUCAUU